CAUUGGUUGGAGAGGUUCGGGGUUGAGCUUGUUGAAAUCUUGCUGGAGAGAUAGUGAGGGUGGGUGCAUGCAGUAGUGGUGCUAAGCAUACACAGACUAAGCAAUUGCUUAAGGUCCCUAGCAGGUCAUGGGGUCCUGAUUUAGCAUUACCCCCCAAAUACCACUAAUCUUAUUUAACUUGGGAGUUUUGAACAAGCAUAUUAGUAUGUGUUGGUAUGUUAAUUGGUUUGUGGAAAUAAAAAAUACUUAUUGUAUUGGGGGGUGAAGGGUAAGGAGAGGGUCUCCAAUGGGCCAGCACUGCCUCUGGAUGCAUGGCCUAUCCUUGGGGGCUGGUAUUUUUUUCUGUGAAACAUCAUGUUUUACUGGUGUCUCUUUCAAAGAACCCCACCCCCAUGAAGUACUUUGGGGUACUGGGUGUUUGCUUUCUCUUCCCUUCCCUGCCCCCCCCCCUCCUUGGGGAAAGGAGGAGAAAAAUGGAGGAGGGAGAAGCGCAAAAAAAACAAACCUUAAAAGUUAAUGUUUUAAAAUAAAAAUACUUGUGAAAAAUGUGGACUGAACAGAAAAUUGCACCUUUUAGAAACCUGCGGAAUGAAAGAUAUUUAAUUUUUUUCCAUAAAAUGACUUUACCAGUUUUCACCAGUCCUAGCUAAGAGCAGGCUGGGUGUGGUGUCAGGAUUGUUGAAUAGCAGUGUUAGAUUGGCAUGUAUGUGAGAAGGUAGCUUCAGUGUUUACAGUUGUUUGGUGGCAGGGAUGCUUAUGGUAUGAGUGGGGGUGAAGAAGGUGCUGGGGGAGGAGAAACAAGCCAGGCCCCUGUUAAACCUGUUCCAGAGGAAGAAGGGUAUUAGUUGGACUGACUGAGGGCCCAGGCCCUAAGUACCAGAGUGGAUCCACCUGCAGGCCUGGGUAACCAGCCUGCCCUAUAAAGCUGGCUGAGAAAGGAAGCACGGGGAGACAGGAGGGGGCAGUGCUAUCCAAGGGCCUGCCCCUGGCCAAGCCAGAUCAGGCAGGGAGCCGCGGACCCUCCACCUGCCUGGGGUGGGGGAGCCAAGAGCAGUCCCCAGCCUGUGUCCCCAUGCCACCGGCCCCUCUGUCCAGGGCAGGUGGAGGGUUUCUGGCACCCCACAGCUGCCUGUGUGGCUCGCUUUGACUAGGGAACGGGACAUUGGAGCCACAACUUGGCAGGUGGAGGGUCUGUGGCAUGGUGCCCUAUGCAGCCCGGACUCCAUAGCCAGGCUUUAGCUGCCAGCCUGGCUUGGGCAGGGGGAGGCCCAUGGCGAAAAGUGGACAGUUGGGAGGGCCAUGGCCCCCCUGACUCACUCCCUCACCCCCCCAGUUCUGACGCCCUUGGUGCGGCCACCAACUCUUGCUGGUGGCCACUGACCAUUUUUCUUAAUACUUAAUUAACUUUAGGAAAAACAAAUAUAUAUGCACAUACACAUGUCCAAAUUAUUGUAAUUUAUUUAUGUAGGGAUGUUGGGGUUGUUUUGCAGACUCAACAGUAAAAAUAAUAUACAGUUGUCUCUAUUCUUUACUGGACCUAAACAGAAUAGAAACAAAUAAGAUGCUUUGAAUGUCCGUGUCUUUUUGUUGUUGUUUGGUUUUUUGUUUUUAAGGGACCACUGUGGUCAUCUGGUCUGACAUUCUGCAUCACAAAUUCCUGUUUGAACUACAUCCAAUCAUCUUCAUUUAAAAAUAUCUAGGCAUAGAGAAUCCACCACAGCCUUUUAAUGAAUGCUUGUGAUGUGAGGCUACUUAACAGGAAGAAUGACCUCAUUCUGCCUCUUUGCUUCUGAUUGCACAGUCUGUUUUUGAAAGGAAACAAGGGGCUUUAUAGACCUGCCUUUUCGAAGACCUCAGAGCUAUUCUGUUCCAGGAAGCAGCAUAAGGAGCACCCUACAGUUGCAUUCCAGAGACUCUUUUUGAUGAAAAACUUCUUGCAUACGUUUGUUAAUAGUGAAAUGGCUUUUCCAGAUAAUCUGUGAUACAUGUAGCUCCAGAGAGUUUGCAACAGACCUUUUCAAGAUGUAUCGAAUAUCCCAGCUAAUGUCAACACCAGCAGCAAGUAAAUGUUCUUCAGUGUUUGAUAAAGAGACCAGGCAAAGUCUGUCUCCUGAACACAUUUUGCCAAGUUACACUUAUGCCUUUCUGGAUAGUGACACCUCCUAUGAAUGUUGUUCCAUAAACCCCUUGACAGGCUCUCUUUUCACAUGUCGCCGUAGUCCUCGGCUUCUUACUAAUGGCUAUUACAUUUUGACGGAAGACAGUUUUCUGUCUGAUGAAGAUGGUAAUGUAACACUGACCCCAUCCCAGACAAGUGUUACCUAUAAGGAGAAAUUAGUUAGAAUAUUCAGGAGAAGGAAGAAAAUCCGUCGCUCUCUUGCUAGUCUGUUCAGUCUCAGUGCCUCGGAUUCAUGGCUCAGCAGCACUGUCCUUAGCAAUAUGGAUUCUCCUCAUGUAGAGGAGAUUUGGAAUGAUGGAGAUAAUAAACUAGAGGCCAGUCAGCACUAUGGCAAUGAUGACUCUGAAUUUUCUUCUGAAUGCAAAACCUGGAUGUCACAAAGGCAAACAGCAGCAGCUGAUGCAUCCUCUUUUUCUAAAGAUGUGGUGUUCAUUCAGUCAAGAAAACAGUUCAAUGAUUCUUCUCCGUGCUCCCAGUUUAUGGUAGAUGGGUAUUUCCGUGAAGAGACUUUGGAUCAUUCAAAAUCCAAUGCAGUGAGAAAUGUCGUUUAUCAAAUGAUUAUACUGUCCAUGUGUUUAAUCAUUUCAGUGUGUGCAAGAUGCUUUCUGGGAGGACGCUUUGCCACUUUGUUGGCCUUUUUGCUGCUGAUAAUUUUAGUUUAUGCUGCCAAGUCAUCUUUCAUCAGUCUUGUCACAUCUUCCAAAACCACCAAAUUACGGGGCCGGCUUUCAAGAGUGCAGUGUAACCUCAGGGAACAGGAGAAGCCAGGCAGAAGUUUUCUCUUUUGGAAUCACAGAUCAGUAUGUUGGAAGCAGAGCAAUGGAAAGGGAGUAUAAAAAUUGGAGAUCAGUGUUGAAAUUGUAGAUGUUGAUAUUGUGAGAGGCCAAGAUUUUCUUAAGAAUGGUAAUUUGUGCACACUUUAUACAGGUAGGGACAGAUUAUAUCAUUUUUCCUCACAAUGAGUAAGUAGAAAAUCCCAAUAAAUCCACUGGCACUAUUCACAGAGCAAGUUACUAGUAAUCAUGAGUGUAAGGUUGGCAGUAUCUGGCCCUUAGGGUUCUCCUGAUUCUUCUGUCAGUUUGACACUGAUGUAACUCCACUGAAGUCAGGUUGCUACCUGUAUGGGUUUUCCCCAGAGACUUCAGGCUUUCAGACCUGCCUACAAGGCUGUCUGUUUGAUUGGCUGUCCUUCCCUGUUCCCCACCACCUUAGGAAAAGAAGGUAUUUGGGGCUACCCACAUGCUAAUAGGCUUCCUCCUUCCUCUGCACAAGGAGCAGGCAAAGCUCCUUCUGCUCCCUCUUUUAAAGGGCCGGAAGCACUUUUGAAGCCCGUAGUCUGUCUCCUCCCCAACUAGCUCUGCA